CGGUAGUUCGAAGCUCGUAGCGCAGUCAGCUGGGCGUUAUCAAGGAGGGUAAACGCGUCUGAUUACUUAUCUCACAGAUAAACUUUAAUUGCUUGUCUAGUAUUAGUAGUCUGUUAAUCGACUGUUUAUGUGCGAAUGGAUUGUACGUACUCUGUGUAAAUAAAAAAGAAAAUAAAGACGCGUAGGUAUAUCAAAACGUAUAUCUAAGUGAAGUUUAAAAGUGAGACAAAUCGUGAAGGUUUGUAGUUUUUGUUAAUAGUGGCGUCAAAAUGUGGUGUUAAGAUUGAACAUAGUGUUAAAUGAGUUAAAUGAAUGAGCCUACUAAUAGUGUUGUGUUCCUGCCGACGCAAGCGACAGGUUGACGGAAAAUGGUAGUUGGUCGCGAUGGCGCCCGAUGCCGACGUCGAGGACCGAGCGGGCUACAGACCGGUACCUGUGCAUGUACCACGAGGUACUCCAAGACGCGUGGCGCCUUCCCGACCUCCAGCGACCCGAGCGUGGCUCGAACGGGAGACCAGAAGCCCUGGCGAGCACCGCCGUCUCCUCGACUCCCCACCAAGCCCCAUACUCCAAGCCGGUCUCACGCUUGGAGUGUGGGAUGUUCUCAAGAAACAGAAGCAAGAAAAGCCAAUAGAAGAAAAGCCGAAAGUUAAAACGAAGUUUCAGAAGAGAUCGGAGAAGUUGUACGCUGUUCUCAAACCGCCUUAUUUUAUACUCACCGUUAUUAUUAUAAUCGUAGCAAUGUACCUGUGGGGCUCGGAGCGCGCGCGCAUGCGUCUGGAGUGGUCGCCGGGCGCGUGGUGGCGGGAGCCGUGGAGACUGCUGUCUUAUGGCGUCAUACACGCCUCGGCAACACACUUGGCUACGAACGCCAUCGUUGCCCUUGCGGUGGGCUGGGUGCUGGAGCGUGAGCAAGGCCGCGCCCGCGUGUGCGCGAUAUGGGCGGCGGGGCUGGCGGCGGGCGCGCUAGGCGCCGGAGCAUUACAACCGCGAGUACGCGUUGUUGGAGCGUCCGCAGCCGUCUAUGCGUUGUUGACAGCGCAUCUGCCUAACGUUUGCCUUAGAUUCGGCCACAUCCCGCUCUGGUGGUUCCGGCCUCUUAGCGUGGUGGUGCUGGCGACAUCAGAGACGCUAAGCUGGGUGCUGCUGCGCACGCCAGCAGACGCCUGGGAUGUUGCACCAGUGGCCUGGUCCGCUCACGCCCUCGGAGCCGCUGUCGGCAUCCCUGUCGGCUUCCUCGUCUUCUCAGGAGAAAACUCCAAUAAAACACCUAUUUUAAUCGCCAGGUUUAUCUCUGCCUUAGCAUUAAUAGGAGGGACAACCCUAGCAACAAUCCAUUAUGUAUUCUGGCAUGAGCUGGAUACAUGACGCACAAUUAACAGCCUUAAAGAGGCGACUUAAAGUGCAAUUUCCUCCGUCCGCUAUUACAUUAGCUUUUGAUGGAAUUUAUACCUUUGUAGGUAAUUCAGCACCAAAGGAAUGAUGCAGAUGAUCGCAACAGUCUUCCUUAACGUAUUGUUAUUGUUAAAAUUUUCUAGUUUAUUUUCAUGUUGGUAAACAUGGGAAUAUUGGUUGCUGAAAAUGUAUGACUAUACAGAGCGUAUGGCUUUUUGGUUAUUUAUUAGCACAGGUUUUUGUGUUGGAUAUUGUGAUAUGAUGCUUUUAAAUCACGCGUGGCCAUACUCCCUGUUCUCAAAUAUUUCGUAUUUGUUUCAUAGAACUAUAUAAUAAAAAUAAAAUUGAGCUUUUAGAAAGAGCGAGCGUAAGUUAAAGCUAUCUCUUGUGAUAGGUGUUGUGCCUGGUGGCCAACGUUUUUUGGCCUUUUAUCAGACUUUCAACUGUUUUUCGGUUCUAUGAAACCAACGAGAAGUAUUUCUCUCGGCUCAGUACUUAGUAUUAAGUCUUGAUUUCUAUGAAAUCGAAUAUUUAAGAUUGUUUUGCAUCAAAACGUUGGGUUCAAAUGGCUUGUGAUUACAUGUUACUCGUAUAUAUAACUUUAUUAUAAGCAUUAUUAUAUAUUUAAGAAUAUUUGUAUGGUUACGGAGAAGUGACUUAUUUUUAAUUUGACGUAUUUUAAACCAAAGAAUGUAAACAAUUAUUGACAUUUUCCAAAUUGAUAGUAUUGCUCAGAAUUUGUACCGUCUUUCAAUGACUGAGAUUCCAUUUAAUUUCUGUUAUUAUUUUUCUUACUUUGGGCCAAUUGGGCUAAAGGAAAGCUUUAUGGUGAGCUGUUUUACUGGUUACCGAGGGAUAAUAAGCGUAGAUAUCAUUUGUAAAAUAACUUUUAUCAAGCAGAUACGUUGCGAGCGAUACUAAUUUAGUUUAGUAGCUAGUGGGUUAGCACAUUCGUUCUGGUGAAUUCUCAAUAUAAAACAAGCUUGUAUGUCUUUCACUCUGGCAGAUAGCUGGGUCCUUCUCAAGGGUAUUAUUGACCUGCUUAUUAGAAUUAUUUAGUUACCUAACUACUUGUAUUCAUUUCAUACUACUGUGACCAUAAAGUCCAAAUUAUUUUUUGUUAAAAUCUGGCUUGUGA